AUGAGCACAGAAGACCAGGUGGACAAAGUUGCGGAACAGGUAGCGCAGUUGGGAGCCGAUCCCUCGAAAACCGAAAAGGACCAGGUUGUGACCCCAUGGAACGUUGAAGGUGCUGUAGACGACAGUGGGAAUGCACAAGCCAUUGAUUACGACAAGCUGAUUACGCAAUUCGGUACUAAGGCUGUGGGCGAAGAGACACUAAAGAGAUUCACCGAGGUGACUGGUCAUGAGCCACACCACUUCUUACGUAAGGGUUACUUCUUCUCGGAACGUGAUUUCAACAAGAUCUUGGAUCUGUACGAACACGGGGAACCUUUCUUCUUGUACACUGGGAGAGGUCCAUCCAGUGACUCCAUGCACAUGGGUCACAUGAUUCCCUUUAUCUUUACGAAAUGGCUACAGGACGUUUUUGACGUUCCCCUGGUGAUCGAAUUGACUGACGAUGAAAAGUUCUUGUUCAAGCAUAAAUUAACAAUCCAAGAUGUCAAAAAAUUCUCUAAGGACAACGCGAAAGAUAUCAUUGCUGUUGGGUUCAAUCCUGAAAACACGUUUAUUUUCUCUGAUUUGGAAUAUAUGGGCGGUGGAUUUUACGAAACGGUUGUUCGUAUCUCGAGACAAAUAACAGGGUCCACUGCUAAAGCUGUGUUUGGGUUUACCGAUUCUGACUGUAUCGGUAAAUUUCAUUUUGCAUCGAUUCAAAUUGCUUCCUCAUUCCCAAGCUCUUUCCCAGGUAUCUUGGACCUUCCAGAAAAAACUCAGUGUUUGAUUCCUUGCGCGAUCGACCAAGACCCUUACUUUAGAGUCUGUAGGGAUGUAGCUGAGAAGUUGAGGUACGCCAAGCCUGCUCUAUUACACUCGAAGUUUUUCCCCGCGUUGCAAGGCUCGUCGACCAAGAUGUCUGCGUCCGAUGACACCUCUGCCAUCUUUUUGACGGAUACAGCAAAACAGAUCCAAAAGAAGAUCAACAAGUACGCCUUCAGUGGUGGUCAGAUGUCCAUUGACUUGCACAGGAAACUGGGUGGUAACCCAGAUAUUGAUAUUGCGUACCAAUACUUGAAGUUUUUCAAAGACGACGACGCCUUGUUGAAAGACUGCUACGAAAAAUACAAGACGGGUGAAUUGCUGUCCGGCGAGAUGAAGAAACUGUGCAUUGAAGUGCUACAAGAGUUUGUCAAGGGGUUCCAAGAGCGCAGGAACACCAUCGACGACGACUUGGUUGCUAGUUUCAUGAAACCACACAAACUAGUUUGGGGAAAGAAGGAAAGACUAGUUGCCCCCAAGAAGAGAGAGCCAAAGACGAAGAGUAAGGGCAAAAAAUAA